CUCUCAUCUCUCUCUCUCUCUUCUCCUAUUUCUUUUAAAUCCUCAAACUACCCUCGAGAUCGAUGGAGACAAAGCUGAUCAUAGCUCUCAGUUCUUUCUUCAAAUCCCAAGCCUCUGUCUCCUCUUCAUCUUAAGAGAAAAAUAACAAUUAAAAUCGAAUCUAUCGCGGAUCGCCACGUGUCGUGGGGCCCGCGGAACAGUAACGAUACGGUAUCACUGGAGUGAUACUCUACGGCACAGGUUCAUAACAUUUCAAUUAUUAUAUUAUUUUUUUGUCUCGAAAAACGUAUGAACUCUUCCUCUGAUUCUUUAAUGCGCAUGGCUUUAUGAUGCAUCACAGUUCUUAAAGUUAUUAUUUGCUUUCAAUGUAUAAUUAUGGACAAGACUUGGGUUCACCCCCUAUGGUGAACCUUUAAAUUCACCACCUCUUUAAUAACUAAUCAAAAUACCAAUUAGAUUAAUGAUUAAAAAUAUUAAAUAUUUUUUUCAAAAACCAAAAUAAUUAAAAAAAUAAAUAGUAUCAAUUUUAAUAAUAUUAGUGUCACUAUCUAAUCCCUAAACUCAAACUAUAUACCCUAAAUCCAAAUUCUAAACCCUAAAUUCUAAAUUAUAAACCCAAACUCUAUACUCUAAACCCAAAUCUUAAACCCUAAGCCCAAACCAUAAAUCAUAAACCCAAAAACCUGAACUCUAAACCCAAACAUAUACCCUAAACCCAAAUCCUAGAUUCUAAACCCAAAACGUAAAUACUAAAACCUAUGCCCUAAAUGUGCUCUAGGUUUGAGUUUAUGGUUUGGGUUUAGAGUUUAGGGUUUGGGUUUAGGGUAUAGGGUUUGAGUUUAGGGUAUAGUUUUGGGUUUAGAGUUUAGAUUUUUUGGUUUAUUAUUUAUGGUUUGGGUUUAGGGUUUAAGACUUGGAUUUAGGGUUUAAGACUUGGGUUUAGGAUAUAGAGUUUGGGUUUAUAAUUUAAAAUUUAGGGUUUAGAAUUUGGAUUUAGGGUAUAUGUUUGAGUUUAGGGAUUAGAUAAUGACAUUAACAUUAUUAAAAUUGACAUUAUUUAUUUAUUUAAUUAUUUUAUCAUUAAUCUAGUUGCAUUUUGAUUGGUUAUAAGAGAUGUGGUGAAUUUAAAGGUUCACCAUAGGGGGUGAACCCAAGUUCUAUCCUAUAAUUAUUACUUAUCUAGACAUUUUCACUUUCUCUAAAUAUUAAAAGUCGUUGCAGAAAAAGAUAAAACAACGGACCGUUAGUUUCUGCCAAAACUAUGAGACCCAUCUUAGGCCUUGAGGUUGAAGCUUCAUCGGAACAUGAUCAUCCAGACGAUACCAGUAGCCAAGCUGUCUCGAACUUGUCUCCGGUAGGAGAAUAUUGCAGACCCAUCUCUCUCAAUCUUAGCCUCCGUUUCAACAACAACAAUUUGGAUCUAGAAUCAUCUUCUUUGACGCUGCCAAUUUCGAGGACGAGCGAAAGUAACAACCCAGAGAAACAACAACAAAAACCGUCUGGAUUGAAGAGAGUCUUUUCUUGCAACUACUGUCAAAGAAAGUUUUACAGCUCUCAGGCUCUUGGCGGUCACCAGAACGCUCACAAACGCGAAAGAACGCUCGCAAAACGUGCUGUGCGUAUGGGUCUGGCUGGAGUUUUCCCUAGAGGAUCUAGUAGCCCCUAUGCCGCUCCUCUCUCUUGCCUCCCUCUGCAUGGUAACAUGACAUCAUUCAGGACUUUGGGAAUACAGGCGCAUGGCUGCUCGUCCCACGACCUAAGGCCAUCACCAGAAACGAUUAUUAGAAACAUUGCCAGGUUUAACCAGGGGUAUUACAGUAAUUGUGUACCUUUCUUCGUGGAGGACGAGGAUACCGAGCUGCUCUGGCCGGGGAGUUUCAGACAAGCGGCGGGGGCGGCGGUUACGGCUGAGGCUUGUAAUGAUAAUUUAGGUGAAAGCAAAGUGGAUUUCUUGGAGGUCAAACAAGCAAUGGAUACGGAGAGUUGUCUUCCAGAUUUAACCUUGAAGCUUUGAACUAU